GUGACUUCUUUAGCAAGUCAUUUCUCUACAGACAUACUAGGUUUGUAAUAUGUUUCAAGUACUUUGCACAAGGAGGUAGUUAUGUUCAAAGACGAAGUUGCGGCCGAGCACUUGAAAUCGACAAUAAGUGAUGAUUACUCCUAGCUUCCCCUUAUAUAUACUCUUUUAAUCUCCUUUCAUACUCCAGUGAAACAGAUCAGGUGCCAGUUGCUUUAUAGAAUUUUCUGCACGAUGCUGCAUAAGAUUAGAGAAGGCAUAAAAGAAUUGCGAUUUGGGAGCUGACAGGAGGAUGACUUCAUUUGGUUUGGCUGAAACUUUAAAGGUUGAUGAUGAGAAAAGUAAGAUGAUUAGCACAAGUUCAAGAGAAAAAGAACUCCAAGCAAAGCAUGAAGGAGAUAGCAGUGGUAGCAAAUUCUUGAAGGGGCCAUCUAGUUCAAGACAAUGGGCAGGGUUCAGAAACCCAAGGAUCGUGCGUGUUUCACGCUCCUUUGGGGGAAAAGACCGGCACAGCAAGGUGUGCACCAUAAGGGGAUUACGAGACAGGCGAAUUAGGCUAUCGGUACCCACUGCAAUCCAGUUAUACGAUCUCCAAGACAAGCUUGGCCUUACUCAGCCUAGCAAGGUAAUCGAUUGGUUGCUCGAUAUGACCAAGCAUGAUAUCGAUAAGCUCCCCCCACUCCAAAUGCCACAAGGAAGCUUUGGUCAAUUUCACCAACCGAUGUUACUUAAUCAUGACCUGAAUAUACCCCAAUCUUCUUUUGAUACCUUGUUCGACGCAAACAUGAACUUCAUCAGGGAUGGAAAGAACAAUUUCUCACCAUUUACCAAGGAGGACCAAAUGACAAAUUUAUCAAAAUCAAGAUAUUGGGGUAGUACUCCAGAUGCUGCUAUGGGAACAAAAGAUAAAGAAGUAGUUCAAAGAGAAUCGGGCAUCGAGAAAACAAAGUGGGUCAAACUAAGUGAGCAAAACCCUUUUCCAAUGGCCAAUCCUCAUGCUCCAUUUUCAAGUUUCGCAAACAAUGGCAUGCCAUAUGCUCCCUACUACCACUGUGAGCCUUCAAAUUUGUGUUUAUCCCAAUUGGGACACUUUGGUUUUCCCUCCCAAGCUGAAGAUCCACAUAGCAAUAUUAUUUCUCCAUUGCUGCAGCAGUCUCAGGUAUUUUUCUGCCCACCACCUACAACAACAUCAGUACUUUUCCCCUCAUACCCCAUUACUAGUAAUACUAGCACUUCUUCUUCUUUAGAGGGUGACCCAAUUAGACAAGUUAACCAUUUUCAACUAUUGAGCGCCGGUUCGCAGAACAUGCCACUGAAUGGUUCUGUUCCAUCUCUUCAUUCAGCUAGCUCAACUCUGAAGUCCUUCCCAUUGAAUGUAAAUUUCAAGCUUCUUCAAUCUCAAAACAAAGAUGAAAAUAAGGGUAACACUGAUCCUUGAAUUUCUGCAUGUUGUGCUGCUUCUUAGUCUCAGCUACAUAUUCUAAUUCAUAGCUUCACAACUUGUAUUCGAAUACGUACCAUUAUAUAUAUGCAAAUUAAACGUGUCAAUAAUUAUAUAUUAUGGGAGUUUGUAAGUAUGCAUGGCAAUAUUACAUGAUCUAUGUAUAACACUGAGUGACUUUAUAAUGAGUAGUAGUUUUGUAAAGAUGGUGCUCUAUUCGGGUUGUCUACUGGUGGAGGUUGGGGGUGGUUUUAUGCAUUGGGGAUCUCGUUUGUAAGUGCUUUGGUUCUAAUUUUAACUUGUUUGUAUAUAUUAAUAGGAGAGGGUUAACUUUUUGCUAUAAGAA